AUGGAUGUACUCUCUCAAACCAUCCAAGGACUGCUCAACCGAUCCAUGGAAAUUUCUGCUGCCCACAAAAAACCUGCAAACAACGUCCCAACGGCCCCACGAGAUGUAUACACACACGCUGUCCUGCUCCGGACCAUCCACGAUGAUUCCUCAGCAUUAGAUCAUCCGCCGUGGAACGAUGUGAGCCGUCUGACACGCGUCCCGGCUCCCAAGGACCGAGUGGCAGCCGCAGCAGCCCACAGCGAUCGAUCGUCGCCCGUAACCUUUUUUGAAUCUGUCCGCCGCCGCUUUUCCGUCCGCCGCGGUUUCGCUGUGACCAAGCCCUUCUUCGCUUAG